AUGGUCAAUUCGUGUUGUGGCUCCGUCUGCUCUGAGCAGAGCUGUGGCCCCUGUGAAGAGAGCUGCUGCCGCCCCAGCUGCUGUGUAUCCAGCUGCUGUAAACCCCAGUGCUGCCAGUCUGUGUGCUGCCGACCCACCUGCUGUCGCCCCAGCUGCUGUGUUACCAGCUGCUGCAGGCCUCAGUGCUGCCGGCCCACUUGCUGCCGCCCCAGCUGUUGUGUGUCCAGCUGCUGCCGCCCCACCUGCUGCAGGCCCCAGUGCUGCCUCCCUAGCUGCUGCCGCCCCUCUUGCUGCAGUUCCACCUGUUGCCGCCCCACCUGUUGCCGCCCCACCUGUUGCAUUUCUAUCAGCUGCUGCCGCCCCUCUUGCUGUGGCUCUCCCUGCGGUGGCUCCAGCUGCUGCAGACCUACCUGUUGCAUGUCUAGCUGCUGCCGCCCCAUCUGCUGCCAGACCACCUGCUGCCGCCAAACCUAUUCAAGUGUUUCUUGUUGUUGA